AACAGAUUUUUUCAGAUUAGAUGGCUGCUACGAUGGAAAAACUGGAUAAUGGUCUCACAAUUGAGAUGUUCAACACUCUUUUGCGUCGUGGCUUCGAGGAAGGUGGCGAGCAGCAGGGUGGUUCGGAGAUGGUUUCAGCAGCUGCACUGGGGAGUCCCCGGCUGUCGAAGUCGUUCGAGUACUGUCACGUGGACUCUGAGUAUGAACUGAUGAAGCAUCUGGUCUCUUUCCUCUCUCACUCCACUCUCUCGCGCACGGAGAGGAACUUCGGACAGAAGAGGUCAAGUUCUGACUUCUUGGUGAUUGAGGAGAACGAGAGGCAGGCGCAGUUGGCAGCCCUCAUCAGCCACUUGGCCAGACUGGACCACCAGGUGUUGAGGACACUCACAAGACGCAUCCUGGCAGACACCUCUCACUGGAUGUCCACCCUCUUCAAGUUUCCACAAUCCAAGUGCUACUUCCACCUGCGAGAAAUCGACGGCGUGAUUGGGGCAUGCAGAAUGGCACUACACAAACAGUACCCGUCCUUCGCACUGAACGGAUUCAAAAUAUGGCUGCCAACUACCGAGACAAUCUCGCCUGUUGAAAGUACUCCAGAAGGCGAUUCCGAGGAAAAGGGAGAUUCAACAGCAACUGGAGAUAGUAGCGAGACUGAGUCGGCCUCCAACGACAAGGAUGGAGACGGGAGUGUUUCUGGCGAGAAGAAACGGGAGCCGGAGAAGUUGCCAGUUAUUUACAUACCCCAGUGCACGUCCCCAGGGUGGGCCGAUACAUGUUUAAGACAGCUGGGUCUGCCGAUGGACUGUCUGUUCACUUUGAGCUGCAACCACCAGGAGGAGAUGUCGAAACGGUCCCACUCGAAGGACACUGAGGACAAACUGAGCGACACCAUAGAUGUGGCCGCAUUCGACAAGGCAGUCCAACAUCACAUUGCGAAUAACAUGAAGCCCCUCUUCCUACUUACACAUGCUGGCACUUGGCUGAUGGGCCAGUCGGACAAUAUCCAGGCAUUGAGUGCAAUCUGUUCCAAGUACAACAUGUGGAUGCACGUGGUGGGCAGCAACCUGGCCGCCCUCGGCAUCCUCUCCUCCUCCAUCCCCGAGUCCAUCGCCUGUGUGCCCAAAGUGGCCGACAGCAUCACUGUGCAGCCGAGAGAGUGGCUCGCAAUACCCAUGGCCCCCCGAGUCACGAUCUACAGGGACACUGAUCCCGCACUCACUGCUCCAGCGGGACUGGGAUCCGACUAUGACCACUCGGACUUGCACGUCAUUCCACUGUGGGCCAAUCUGCAGUUGCUGGGACAAGAUAAAAUCUCCUCCAUGCUGCAUUUUAACGCUUCGCUCGCUCAGCAGCUGGCUCACAAAAUCAGCAGCAUUCCACAGCUAUUUUUACUGAGCCAAUCAAGUGCCGUGUCUUCAGUCGUGCUCUUCCAAUUCUCAUUGGAAGAUGCGGAUAAGAUAAUCGCCACUCAGAAUAAGUUUAAACUGGAACCAGAAUAUCAAAUAGAUCAAGAUGCAAUCAAUAUGUGGCUUUACAAGAAACUGCGGGUGGAAACAUCGAAAGUUGUGCUGGAUCUAGUCCAAUUGUCCACCAACAUGUACCUUCGCUUCUCGCCUAACAUGUCAUCGUCACUGCGAGGAACCAACAGUGAUCAUAUCAACGAGUUGUCUCAUAUAAUGAAGAAACUCUGCACGUCAGGAACUGACACCUUGCUGAAGCGGAAAGAACUGGUCCAGAUCUUCCUGGAUACGGAAAACCACUCAGUUAUGUCUUGUAGUGUGCGCUUCGUCUCUGCACCAGAAUGGGCGGGACUGGCUGUGCUGAGGUAUGUGCCGGAGUAUUGUGAGAAACCAGUGAUAGAGGGAAUCGUAGUUCCGGAUCAAGAAGAACGCGCUCAAGAAGAGAUAGAGCGACUCAAUAAGCUGCUGUGUCAGAAAUUGUCCGAAGCGUUUCCUGAUGUCAUCAUAUCUGAAGGUUUAGUAGGGAAGCUAUGGGCUAUCAAGGUGUCCAUGGUGCCCUUCAAUUUCAACUGCUCUGAAUUCUUGAUGGAGUUCUCCAAUUCGGGAAAGAAGCUGGAAGACUCCUCUGCUUUUAUUGCGGGUUUGGGGUCUGUCGUGGAGUCUAUGAUCAGGGCAGCGAGUGAGCAGUUGCAGGAGGAGCAGACGAACCAGUUCUGGCAGGAGGGGGUGCUGAGGAACCUGCCUCUGUUCGGAGGCAUCUACUCCUGGAUACUACCCGCCGGCACAUCUCCAAUCAAAGGCAGAUCUUUCAACCUGUCGUCUGGAUCUUUGGAGAGUACGGAAUUCGUAUAUGAACACAAAUUGCAAUACCACGAAGCGCCUAACAGCCAACUGAAAAAAGUGGACGAAGAACUCCCUGCAAAAGGCGGCAAUUCGUGAAAUGAACAGUGCUGAACUGUGCCUUUAAUACUAUAACGUGGUGUCUAUUAAUCACUUUAGACAUGAUGAAAAGAAUAACUCAAGAUUGGGUGAUUUUUGGGUUCACUUGGUGUCCUGGUUUAUUACCCUCAAUGAAACGCAAUUUUUUUUUGAAUAGUGCUGUAAAAAGGAACAGCUAUUUCAAGAAUGAUUAGUAAGAUUGUUGGGGUAAUUCUUGUGUUCAUGUCAAAUGUAGUUCUGUUCACGCGUCGUUUACGUGAAGCAAAUUAUGUUAUUUUUGCAGCAAGUACUUCAAGUUACGUCAAUUUCGAAUAUGUGGAAACUUAUUUAAGUUGAAGUGCUUUUUCAUCUAAAACCUUGAUUCCGUGGCUUUUCUGGUGAACUUAGAAAUUUUGUUUCAACAUAUCUUUUACGUAAAAUAUGUAUUGCUGUAUAUAAUAAAUUCUUUCUGCGAAUUUUAUGCAAAUAUAAAUUGAAUGUGUACUAUUAAUUGCAUAUAUGAAUCAGGUUUUAAUUCACUGGAUCUUCAAUGAA